CCCUAAAUCUCUUCUUUAAUUAUAUCUUGAUUCAACCUGAGAGUUCUCCAUCUAUACCAUUCUCCUUCCAGACCAACAAGCUUCCAUACGAACGAGCUCUGGCUCCGAGAACGCCAUGCAUCCCAAAGACUCGGCUUAUAAGAUGACUGCAACCCUCAAGAAUUUCUACUACAAACUCACUCCGACCUCAUCGUCGAUCUCUGUACCGAAACUGAAGAAGCCGGGUGAAUUCACCAAGGCUCCCACGUCGGACGCGCUUUUCCCCACUACCGACCCCACCGUUGAUGGAGACGAUUGCUUGCAUGACUGCUCCAGCUGCACCAUCAAAUAUCCCAGCAAAUUCGUCAUUGAUGAGACCGAGGAGCUCUACGGUCACGUAAAAGGAUGGAGCACCCAUCUCAUAGUUGGGACGGGCAAGACUGACUGGGUGCGCGAUGUGGCCGAUGAGAAAGGUAGCAUUAUGGAAGCUGUGGACAAAGGGGAUGUGAAACCAGACAACGGGAAACUUAUGCUGUCUGCAUCAAACAUCCCCAUACCCGACCAUUCCGACCACAGUACGACCGUGCUUCUUCUGCCCUCUUUCCAGUUCAUCGACCACGUAACGCCUGCGAACACGCCAGAUCUCAUUAAAAACUUUGUGAACAAAGGCCCGACCAACACCUCGUCAUUCCCCUUCGUACAAGAGCAAUCUGUCGACGAAUCCGCGGAAUCAGGAAUACCUCCGACGCUAUCAGCGCCCGCAUUGACCGCUCGACCCUGCCCUCACAAAUAUCUUAUUCUCCUAUGCAGCCAAAAGACACGAGACGCCCGCUGCGGUCAAUCGGCUCCUCUCCUUCGCCGUGAGCUUGAGAGGCAUCUCAGGCCCCUUGGUCUGUACCGCGAUUUACACGAUGAGCGUCCAGGGGGCGUCGGCAUCUACUUCAUAAGUCAUGUUGGUGGGCACAAGUUCUCAGCCAAUGUCAUGAUCUACCGGAAGGCAUCCGCCGUGAAGGAGGCUGAAGGAGGCGGGGACGGACAGUCAAAGACCGAGGAUAGCAACAACCAGCAGGUAAUGUUGGACGUUAACAAAGCACAGGAAGAGGAGGGCAAUGGCGAGGCUGCCCAGUGCAUAUGGCUUGCGCGCAUUCGUCCUGAAGACUGCGAAAACGUGAUUCGGUAUACUGUUUUGCAGGGGAAGGUGGUAAAACCGGGGAGCCAGUUGAGAGGCGGUUUUGAUAGGUGUAAGGAGGUCGUGAGUUGGUAA